AUGGCCGAUUACGCUCAGUAUCAUGCCCUCGGGCAUGGCGAGGUCAUUGACCCCAACGAUCCCAACGACCCCAAUCGAACCUCACAACCCGCCGUCCAACAGUUCCACCAUCCCAUCGCUCCCUCGCCUUACCAGCAGCAAGCCUCGCUCUACCAGCAGCAAGCAUCACCCUACCAGCAGCAAGCAUCAACAUAUGGGGCACCUCAAUACCUAGGAGGCCAACAACCGCCUCCUCCCGUGACUGGGUCUCCAGUUCCGGGCUAUGGCUUCGCACCUCCCCAAGCCCAGGCACCUCCAGGUCAGGCUCCGCCUUCACAAGAUGCUUCGCUGGCUGCUCAAUUGGGUGGGAUGAACCUGGGAGAUGGACACGGCACGGCGAGAAGAAAGAAGAAGGAUCGACACGCAUACCAUACCGUUGAAGCUACAGGCUCCUCACAACCCUUUAAUGGAAUGCCCGCACAGGGAACGUCUCCUACACAGUUCCUCGACAGCGUCCCGGGCGGUCCUGGUCUUGGGGGUCAAUUUGGAAGCCCGCAAGGAACCCCCCAAAUGCAGAGCCAGAGCCAGUUUGGUGCGCCUAUCAACUCAGCCUACAGUCCCGGCCCCCUUGCUGGCACACCCAGCGUCGGUGAGGGCUUUGAGACGGCAUCAGUCUCUACCAGCGGCCCCAAGGGAGUAUCACCCGAUGAUAUGCCCAGUGUACCGGCCUCGCGAGAUGCUCUUCAACAGUACUAUCUAAAGAACGUAUACCCCACCUUUGAACGACAUGUGCCGCCCCCUUCGACAGUCUCUUUCGUCGCCUACGAUCAGGGUAACUCGUCUCCGAAAUACACACGACUCACACUCAACAAUAUUCCUUCGACUCAGGAUGCUCUGCAAGCUACAGGUCUAUCGCUUGGGCUCAUGCUGCAGCCUCUAGCUCCUCUGCAGGCCGGAGAAAGUGAGAUCCCUGUCCUAGACUUCGGCGAACCAGGACCCCCUCGAUGCAGACGAUGCCGAGCUUACAUGAACCCCUUCAUGAUGUUCCGCUCAGGUGGAAAUAAGUUCGUUUGCAACCUCUGUUCAUACCCCAACGACACACCCGCCGAAUACUUUUCCGCAACCAACCCUCAAGGUGUUCGAGUCGAUCGUGAUAGUCGACCUGAACUUCACCGAGGAACGGUGGAGUUUGUGGUGCCUAAGGAGUAUUGGACCAGAGAACCGGUUGGACUGCGAUGGUUGUUCCUUAUUGAUGUCACUCAGGAGUCGUUCAACAAGGGUUAUGUUGAGGCGUUUUGUGAGGGUAUUCGUGUCGCUCUGUAUGGUGGCGAGGAUCAGGAGGUGGAUGAGAACGGAGAACCAAAACGUAGGCUACCGGAAGGCGCCAAGGUCGGCUUUGUCACUUAUGACAAGGACAUUCACUUUUACAAUGUCAACCCUGCUCUGGAUCAAGCUCAGAUGAUGAUUAUGCCUGAUCUUGAGGAUCCUUUCGUACCGCUGAGCGAGGGUCUGUUUGUUGACCCAUACGAGUCCAAGGAUGUGAUCACAUCUCUGCUCACCCGGUUGCCAGAUAUGUUCUCUACCAUCAAGAACCCCGAGCCCGCUCUUCUCGCCGCUCUGAACUCGGCACUCUCAGCGCUUGAGGCGACUGGAGGCAAGGUUGUGGCAUCUUGCUCUGCACUACCAACCUGGGGUCCUGGCCGUCUCUUUAUGCGGGACAAUGGCAACCACCCUGGAGGUGAAAUAGACAAGAAGCUUUACACAACUGAGCAUCCAGCUUGGAAGAAGGUGGCUGAGAAGAUGGCUGCCUCUGGUGUUGGUGCUGACUUCUUCCUUGCUGCACCUUCAGGCGGAUACCUCGAUAUUGCUACCAUUGGUCACGUUUCUGCGACCACUGGUGGUGAAUCAUUCUACUACCCUAACUUCAUUGCUGCGAGGGAUAGCCGGAAGCUGUCGCUCGAAAUCUCCCAUGCUGUGACACGGGAAACUGGUUUCCAAGCUCUUAUGAAAGUUCGAUGUUCAAACGGGCUUCAGGUUUCUGGCUACCACGGUAACUUUAUUCAGCAUACUUUCGGCGCUGACUUGGAAAUUGGUGUCAUUGAUUCUGAUAAGGCAAUGGGUGUUUCAUUUAGCUACGAUGGCAAGCUGGAUUCCAAGCUGGAUGCCCACUUUCAGUCCGCGCUGCUUUACACCACUGCUUCAGGCCAGCGUCGCGUACGAUGCUCCAACGUCAUUGCCAGCGUCACAGAAACAUCUAAGGAAUCAGGCGUGCGUGAACAGGGCAUUCGCGAGUGCCUCAAGUUUGUUGAUCAAGACGCUGUCAUCGGCAUGCUGGCCAAGGAAGCCAGCACGAAGUUGGCGACAACAUCAAGUAACCUUAAGGAUAUUCGCCACUGGCUAACCGAGAAGGCUAUUGACGUCCUUGCCUGCUAUAGAAAACAUGCUGCUCAGCAGCAUCCUCCUGGACAGCUCGUUAUGCCUGAGCGACUGAAAGAGUAUUGCAUGUACCUUCUCGGUCUCCUCAAAUGCCGAGCUCUUAAGGGCGGUAUUGAGAACUCUGACCGUAGAGUCCAUGAGAUGCGAAUGCUUCGUUCCAUGGGCGGUCUGGAGUUGAGCUUGUAUCUCUAUCCCCGCAUGAUUCCUGUCCACAACCUGGCACCCGAAGAGGGCUUUGCGGACCCUGAGACAGGCCAUCUGAAGAUGCCACCCGCGAUUCGCACGUCAUUCUCCAGAGUUGAGCCCGGUGGCGUGUAUCUGGUUGACAACGGUCAACAGUGCCUCCUCUGGUUCCACUCACAGACAUCCCCUAACCUUAUCUCGGAUCUCUUUGGAGAGGACAAGGACACCCUCAAGAGUCUCGACCCCUACACAUCGGCUCUCCCCAUGCUUGAGACUCACCUCAAUGCCCAAGUCCGCAACAUUAUCGAGUUCCUUCGAACAAUGCGGGGUUCUAAGGGCUUGACAAUCCAACUUGCCCGUCAAGGUAUUGACGGUGCUGAGUUUGACUUUGCUCGUAUGCUUGUGGAGGAUCGAAAUAACGAGGCACAAAGUUAUGUGGAUUGGUUGGUGCACAUCCAUAAGGGUGUUCAACUAGAGCUGAGUGGACAACGCAAGAAGGAGGGUGAUGAGAAUUCCCCAGCAGCCCUAUCAAACUUUGCCGGUCUGAGACCAUCCUACUGGUAG